GGCCCCGGCGCCUCCGGGUCUUUCAAACUGAACAAGAAGCCGGGUGAGACAAAGGAGAAGGCAACCAAGAAAAAGCCUGCAGCCAAGCCUAAGAAGCCGGCGGCCAAAAAGCCCGCCAGCGCCGCCAAGAAGCCCAAGAAGGCAGCGGCGGUGAAGAAGAGCCCCAAGAAAGCCAAGAAGCCGGCGGCUGCGGCGGCCAAGAAAGCAGCAAAGAGCCCCAAGAAGGCGACCAAGGCUGCCAAGCCCAAAAAGGCGGUGGCAGCCGCGAAGAGCCCGGCCAAGGCGAAGGCGGUGAAGCCCAGAGCAGCCAAGCCCAAGGCGGCCCAGCCGAAAGCAGGCAAGGCGGCACCCAAGAAGAAGUAA